AUGAGAGGGAUGGCAAUGGGUUCUGUCCACUUGUCUCCUAUUUUCCGCCAAUAUCUUUAUGGAGGAAUUCCGAGCGAAAAAGCCUUUGUGCCUUCAGCUUCAGUUCAAACCGAAGGAUUUGGUGGAGCAUUUCUUCCCUGCCACAUUGAUGUUUCCAAACAUGAAACUUUCAAGGACAAAGUUCAGAUGAACGAGAACUUUUUCAUGGCUUGGACUUUACUUCUUGUACUUCUCGUACAUCAAGGUGCCGAUGGAUCCAGGAGAUUUCGUACGGAUUUUCUUCAGGACUUCCCCACUCCAGGCACCGGGCCCUCCUUCGACACUUCCAUCCCCAGCAACCUCACGGGUCUCGUGGGCAAGACCGCUUACCUCAUCUGUAGGGUCAAGAACCUGGGGAAUAGGACGGUCUCAUGGGUCAGACACCGUGACAUCCACCUGUUGACAGUAGGCAGGUACACCUACACCAGCGACCAGAGGUUCGAGGCCGUACACUCGCCACACACUGAGGACUGGACACUCAGGAUACGAUAUCCACAAAAGAAAGACACGGGCAUUUACGAGUGUCAGAUCAGCACCACACCACCUAUCGGCCACCCUGUAUAUCUCAAUGUUGUUGAGCCAAUAACAGAUAUUCUGGGAGGACCAGAAUUAUUCAUCAACAAAGGAAGUACGAUCAACUUGACAUGUUUGGUCAGGUUCGCUCCUGAGCCUCCACCCAUAAUGCUAUGGAGUCACAACCGAGAGGUUAUUAACUUUGACUCGCCGCGGGGAGGCGUAAGUCUGCUGACGGAGAAAGGUAUCAUUACCACCAGCAGGCUGCUAAUACAGAAUGCUGUUCACACAGACAAUGGCGUCUACACGUGUGACCCGUCCAAUGCUAACUCUGCUAGUAUCAGAGUCCAUAUACUCAAUGGGGAACACCCAGCGGCCAUGCAUCACGGCGGCUCCUCACGGUCCUCCCCACCACUUCUCAGUGCCUUGCUGAUAUCCUGGCUCCUGCAACUGAUCAUGUAGCACAAGCUGUGCCGUGUCACCUGAGUCACGGCACCCUCGGUUAAGUGACAGACUCUCUCGUGAUCCUUCGUGAUUAUUCAGACAAAUUCGUGAUCUUUCGACUGUCUCCAUGAC